AUGACCCUUGAAUCACUCGAACUAGACGUUUAUGUAUACAGAGAAACAGAAUGGGUCCCAAGAGGGAGCCCUGUGGAACCCCAGAAGAAGCAGCAAAUUGAACUGACUCAGCUCCAGCAAAUUGAACUGACUCAGCUCCAGCAAAUCUCACAGUCAAAUAUCGUCCCUGCAGAUACUUUCCGGUUAAUGAAAAAAUGUCCCAACACUUACUUUGUAGUUGUUAUUGAGGAUAUGACUCUUGGUAAGGUGGUAGGAAGCUCUACACUUGUUCUAGAGCAGAAGUUUAUACACAAAUGUGCCUUGAGAGGAAGAGUUGAGGACGUUGUCGUCAGCAACGACUAUCGAGGGAAACAACUUGGAAAAUUGUUGAUAGCAACCAUGGUGUUGUUGGCGGAACAGUUGGGUGUGUACAAGCUUACUCUGGACUGUCGAGACCACAUGGUUCCUUUUUAUCAGGCCUUUGGUUACAAAAAAGAGCCAGGAAACUCCAACUACAUGCAGAUUCGAUUCCGAGCGUAG